AGUUCCGCCUCCAUCGCCAGUUGUGUUCGCGAGAGGCGAACUCAGUUUCCCAGGUGGCGCAGCGGCAGCCAGUCCAAAGUCGGACUUUCAAAACUAACCACAAGUUUUGAACCCGGCGGCGGCAGUUGUCACUGGCACAGGUUUGGCGUGGUGGCGCCAGUGUACUGCUUCUGGGGAGGUCUCGACCAGGUUCUGGCACCUUCAACCCCCACCUGAUAUCUGCGUAUCAUCAGGGUAUCCCGCUUUCCCCCCAGUUCCCCAAGAGCGUCCUUCCUUUCCCUAGUCCCAGGAUCGCAGUUUUGGUCUGAUAGUGCAUGCCCCUACUCCAAGUUGCAUCCCCACUACCCUCUUUCCGUCUAACGUGGUGGCCUUUCCUGGGCUGUACCUUGGGUAUCCCCCGCUGAGAGAGUAAGCACGACACCAGGGAGCCAGACCCCUGCCGCUCCCCUGCCACAAGAUAUGAGUAGGAGCCUCAGCUGGUGUGAGCAGCUGGAUGUGCUUCUCAACACUACUGAUGGAAAUGUGGCCCGGAUUAAGCAGUGGCUGUAUCCUCUUGGGGUCUCCACCUCAGAGCUCUUCUUCCUAACCCUUCUGCUCCCGGCCAUGAAAAACUGUCCUUGCCCACAUGAGGGUUCCAAGUGUGCUGAAGAGGACAGUCAUGGCGAGGGAGAGAGGGAGAGGUUUGGUUCCACCUGAGCCCAUGAUCUGGCAGAUGUUGGAGCAGUUGCAAAGUGGCCAGGAAGGCAAGGGUCAUACCCUGGAGGCUGCCAGGACAGAGGACCAAGAUGCCUGGAGGGAACACAACCUCCUCAGUGUCAAACCAGAAGAGAAGUACAAUUCAACAAAAAUUUAUGUGUGGAGUUCCUUCUUAAAAGAAGAAAAAAGUGAUUAUUGAGACUAUGGAUCGGAGCAAACGGAAUUCAAUUGCAGGUUUUCCUGCACGUGUGGAGCGUCUUGAAGAGUUUGAAGGAGGUGGUGGAGGAGAUGGAAAUGUGAGCCAGGUGGGAAGAGUUUGGCCAUCUUCGUAUCGAGCUCUUAUAAGUGCCUUUUCCAGACUGACGCGUUUGGAUGAUUUCACCUGUGAAAAAAUAGGGUCUGGCUUCUUUUCUGAAGUGUUCAAGGUACGACACCGAGCUUCUGGUCAGGUGAUGGCUCUUAAGAUGAACACGUUGAGCAGUAACCGGGCAAACAUGCUGAAAGAAGUACAGCUCAUGAAUAGACUCUCCCAUCCCAACAUCCUUAGGUUCAUGGGUGUGUGUGUUCAUCAAGGACAAUUGCAUGCACUUACAGAGUAUAUCAACUCCGGGAACCUGGAACAGUUGCUAGACAGUAACCUGCAUUUGCCUUGGACUGUGAGGGUAAAACUGGCCUAUGACAUAGCAGUGGGCCUCAGCUACCUUCACUUCAAAGGCAUUUUUCAUCGGGACCUCACAUCUAAGAACUGCCUGAUAAAGAGGGAUGAGAAUGGUUACUCUGCAGUGGUAGCUGACUUUGGCCUGGCUGAGAAGAUCCCCGAUGUCAGCAUGGGGAGUGAGAAGUUGGCUGUGGUGGGUUCCCCAUUCUGGAUGGCACCUGAGGUUCUCCGAGAUGAGCCCUAUAACGAAAAGGCAGAUGUGUUCUCUUAUGGUAUCAUCCUCUGCGAGAUCAUCGCCCGCAUCCAGGCCGAUCCAGACUAUCUUCCCCGCACAGAGAAUUUCGGGCUGGACUACGAUGCCUUCCAGCACAUGGUGGGAGACUGUCCUCCAGACUUUCUGCAGCUUACCUUCAACUGCUGUAAUAUGGACCCCAAACUGCGCCCAUCUUUUGUGGAGAUUGGGAAGACCCUGGAGGAAAUUCUGAGCCGCCUACAGGAAGAAGAGCAGGAAAGGGAUAGGAAGCUGCAGCCCACAGCCAAGGGAUUCUUGGAGAAAGCACCUGGGGUGAAGCGACUAAGCUCCCUGGAAGAUAAGAUCCCCCACAAGUCACCAUGCCCAAGACGUACCAUCUGGCUGUCUCGAAGCCAGUCAGACAUCUUUUCCCGUAAGCCCCCACGUACAGUGAGCGUCUUGGACCCAUACUACCGGCCACGAGAUGGUGCUGCCCGCACCCCCAAAGUCAACCCUUUUAGUGCUCGCCAGGACCUCAAGGGGGGCAAGAUCAAGUUUUUUGACCUGCCCAGCAAGUCUGUCAUCUCUCUGGUAUUUGACCUGGAUGCACCAGGGCCUGGAACUAUGCCCCUGGCUGACUGGCAGGAGCCCCUGGCCCCACCUAUUCGCCGGUGGCGUUCCUUGCCUGGUUCGCCUGAGUUCUUGCAUCAGGCUUGUCCAUUUGUGGGCCGGGAAGAAUCGCUAUCUGAUGGGCCCCCACCACGCCUAAGUAGUCUCAAGUACAGAGUUAAAGAGAUCCCACCAUUCCGGGCAUCUGCCCUACCAGCUGCUCAAGCCCAUGAGGCUAUGGACUGCUUCAGUCUCCAGGAAGAAAACGGUUUUGGGUCCAGGCCCCAGGGGACCAGUCCAUGCCCUGUGGGUGCUUCUGAGGAGAUGGAGGUAGAAGAAGAAAGGCCAGCAGGCUCAACUCCAGUCACCUUUUCCACCUCAGGCACAGGCCUGCAAACCCAGGGAAAGCAGGAUGGGUGAGGGGGGUUAGUCCCUGCCUCACCUUGGGGAUGGACCUUCAGCUGAAACCAUAUGGCCCCCUAGGUGCACAGCCUUGAUUCUUCCCUGGAGCCUACAGAGUAGGCAGGCUAGGCUAACCCAGGCUCAACUUCUGGGCUCCCAGUGCCCAUUGGCUGUGUAUGACAGGGGAGGCAGGAGUGAGAGGCCUUCCUAGUUAGGGCCAAUAGCUGAUAUCAAGCCUCUGAAAUCCGGCAAGGAGGUCUGCCUCCCACUGGACCCCCUCCAGUGCACUUCCCCAGACAGGACCAGAGGAUGUCUAGUUCUAGGCUGAGCUGGCAGGCACCCAUUACCCCGGUUCUUUCCCCACCCCAGGUCUGUCUCUUGCCCUUUCUUGGGGCAUGUAAGCUACUGAGUGGAACAUGGAGCUGACUAAAAGCCAUAAUGGGCAUGGCUGUUUCCCAGACCUGAAGAUUGGGGUGCUUCUUGCCAGUAUUCUAAGACACUUGAGUAAUUGCUGUUUGCACUUACUGCAUGGUCAGACCACGUCACUAUGUUUCUAUGCAAGGGGAGAGCAAGGCAGUGUUGUGGUCAUGGCUCUUAGCUAACCUAUUCAAAGACCCUUUUCCCGUUGAUUAAUCUAUUUUCAUAUUUAUAAAGCAGUCUUAAUGUUCUGCCCCAUAAGACUUUCAACCUUAUAGUUGGGAGUGGGGCUGGUUUUGUAGGCCCUAGGGCCUGCUUCUAUGUAUUUGUCAACAUGUGACACAUUCAGUUGAUUAAAUGGUUUAUACAUGGACUGAUUUUCUUCCCUUCCUGCCAUGGCUGGAACUUUGGGAACAGUCUGUCCUUACAGAGCUGCAAUAAGAAAUAACCAAAGAUGAAGCUGGUCAAAUAUUUUCAUAACUUGCUUCUGUUGAUUUUUUUUGUAAAACUUUCCCAAGACAUUUUCAGACUUAAAAAUAAAGUCGGUGUUGCAGGUG